UGAUGUAAAUUGUUUCUCUUGAGAAGUUGAAAGGAAGGAUUUUUUUUUAACUACUUUGGCUUGAUUAGUGAGAAUGGAAAGAGGAAAAGAAAAUGAAGGGCAAACAAAAUGGGAAGAUAACGAAUCAUUGGUGUCAUCCGUUGUACUUCGCGAGGACAUUGUCAAUCUUCUAGAUUUCAUAGAGAGGUUAAAUAGUUGGUGUGUUCGAAUUUCUCUUGACUUGUAUCAAAUUGAAGAGUUGACAUUGGAGCUGACGUUUGUGUCUGCAUUUUGUCAUCUUUAUUACUCUUUCUUUUUGGAAAGCUGUAAUGAUGAAAUGUCGUGCAUAUCAAAUAAGAUUCAUGAUUUGGUUCAGUCACUGUUUCAUCCAAGUAGAAAAGACAUGCUGGUUAAUAUAAAGAAUUAUGACCUUUUGGAGAAUAUCAAAAGUUAUAUUAGCUCACAUAGCUAUGCUGAACCAAGUCGUGUAACCAUGACCGAGGAUCGUUUGGUUGAACUUUUAGAUGCCAUCCUUGUGUAUCUCCAAUAUAUACUCAAGUGUUGUUCUGAAUUUAUUUUCCCAUCAAUGACUCAAUGUGAGCUUCUUCAGAAUGUAUUUGGCAAUUUAAGAGAUUUCCAUAGGUUGAAAGUAAAUGGUUGCGUUGAGUAUGAAACAAUCGAAUAUGUCUUACCUCAUCUUCAACUUAUGGCUCUGAGAGUAGUAAACUUCUGUUUUACUCUUUUGAAUUGUCAACUGGACAAAUUCAAUGAAUCGGAUUUCUCUCUUGUUCACUCCAAGCUAGCUAAUCUACUUGUAGAGGUUAUUCCUGUUGAACUGGAGGUUAUGCACAUAUGUUGUACAAAUUUGAAAGGUUCAAAGUCGGAAGAAGUUGAACGUUUCAUCAAGCAGCUCGUAGAAGCCUCUCCGGACAUUCUUGGAGUAUCUCUGAUUCAUCUACAAGAGCACAUGGUUAAUGCUGGUACUCCUAGCGCUUCUACGUGUAACAUUCAUGUCAUGAUAGAGUUCCUAUUGAUUAUUCUUACUGAUGUGCUCAAGGACGUUAUUCGUCAUGACAAAUUGUUUGUUCUCUUGGCACGUGUUAUAGAACUUACCAAGGAGGUAUUCGUUCUUGUUCGCAACAUAGAGGAGAAUAUGAAUGAAGUAAGUGAUGCAAACCUAAACUUGAUGGAAAAUAUUGAACUCAUCAAGAAAGAUCUCAAGAAUGAUUUCUUAAAAGCCAGUGCAGACUCGUCUCAGCUCUGCUUCCCCAUGAGUGAUGGACCGCUCUUCAUGACUCUUCUACUCACAAACUUGAAUGACUUGGCCAACUCCAAUGCUUCCUCAGUUGCUUUUAUAAAAAAAGAAAUUAAGCAGCUGAAAGAAGACCUGGAAAUCAUAAGAUCAUUCUUCGGGUAUGUUGAGCAAGAGUUGCAUAGAGAUCUUUGGACUCAUGUUCUAGAUGUGGCAUAUGAGGCGGAACAUGCCAUUCAUUCAAUUCUUGCCCGAGAUCAUGGUCUAUUACAGCUCAUCUUCAUACUUCCUAAUACCGUAGAAAAGAUCAAGCUUGUCAAAAAAGAGGUACAAGAGAAGAUCCCCAAGAGCAGCGGUAUUAUUGUUGCAAACGCUCCCAACAAGCUGGUUGAAAGAAACUCAUCGAGUACAGUUAGUAAAAUAAUUGUAGGUUUUGAAGAGGAGACAAAGUGGAUAAUCAGGAAGCUCACCAGCGGACCAGAUGAGAUAGAUGUCAUUUCCAUAGUCGGCAUGCCAGGGAUUGGAAAAACUACUUUGGCUUUCAGAGUGUAUAAUGAUGAGUCCAUUGUUGAUCAUUUCGACAUUUGUGCUUGGUGCACAGUCGACCAGGAACGUAAUGAGAAAAAGUUGUUGCAGAAAAUUUUCAAUCAAGUUAUUGGUUUGAAAGAAAGAGUCAGUGAGAAUGACAUAGAUGAUGACGUUGCUGAUAAGCUACGGAAACAACUAUUUGGAAAACGGUACCUCAUUGUCUUGGAUGACAUGUGGGAUACUGCAACAUUGGAUGAGCUAACAAGACCUUUUCCUAAAUUACUGAAAGGAAGCAGAGUGAUUUUAACAAGUCGGAAAAAGGAAGUGGCUUUGCAUGGAAAAUGCCACAGUGAUCCUCUUUAUCUUCGAUUGCUAAGAUUAGAAGAAAGUUGGGAGUUAUUAGAGAAAAGGGUAUUCGGAAAAGAACGUUGCCCUGAUGAACUAAAGGGUGUCGGAAAAAUGAUAGCCCGAAAGUGUGAUGGGCUUCCUUUAGUACUUGAUCUAAUCGGUGGAGUCAUUUCAAGGAAGGAAAAGAAAGAGGCAUUGUGGCUUGAAGUUCUGAAUAAUUUGAGUUCCUUUAAGGAUGAAGAGGAAGUGGUGAAGGUUAUACAAUUAAGUUAUGACCAUUUGUCAGAUCACGUAAAGCCGUGUUUGGUUUACCUUGCAAGUUAUCCAAAGGAUGAAGAUAUAUGGAUCUAUGAGUUCAAAGAUUUGUUGAUUUUUCAAGGACUUGUGGAGCAGAUUGAGAUGAAAAGUGCAGAAGAAGUAGUGAAUGAGUUAAUUUCCAGUAGCUUGGUAAUACCUUUCGAUAAUUCUAUUUUCAAAAUUCAUGAUCUUGUGCAUGACUUUUGUUAUAUAAAAUCUAGAAAGGAAAAGGUGUUUGACUUCAUAGGAGGUUCAAACGCUCCGUUUUCUUCUUCAAAUCUGAUUCCGCGUGGAAUUGCCUUUCGUCAUAAUGAACAACAUCUCUUUCAUUUGAAUGAAAACUUUGUGGUGUUUAAUCCAGAAAAGAAGAAUCCUUAUGUUAAACACCUCCUCUCUCUGAAGGUGUAUGCUGGGAUUAAGGAUCAUCUUUCCUACAACAGUCACCUAAAACACUUGAGGCUUCUUAAAAGUUUGGAUUUGAACGGCAUAAUAUUGACAGAUUCUUGGCUGAAUGAAAUCGAUAUGCUCAUUCAUUUGAAGUACUUAAUCAUUCAGACAAAGGCAAAAGCUCUCCCUCCGUCAUUUUCAAACCUCUGCAAUCUAGAAAUUCUGGUGGUGAAUAACGUGGAUGGAUCAUGCAUGGUACUAUCGCCUUGUUUUUGGAGCCUUGCAAAGCUACGAGAUGUGAGUAUGGACAUAUGUUCUUUCUAUAAUCCAUACAUCAAAGAACCAACUGUGUUAGACGAGGACUCAACGUUAGAAAAUUUGAGAACAUUAUAUAAGCUCUACCUUCCCGGUUUAGAAGACACGGAGGAUAUUAUUUUCAAAAGGUUUCCUAAUCUUCAAAAACUUGAAGUCUAUAUCGGACAACUACCAGAUUGUUCAGCAGAGAAGAUUUGUUUUCCAAGAUUGGAUGUCCUUAACGAACUUGAAAAACUCUAUUUAUCUGCUUCUUGGGGUUCAUUCAGUGAAUAUACACAUUCCUUCCCUUUGAGCUUGAAGAUAUUGUGGUUGCAAUGGCUCGCUCUGACAUCCGAUACACUUUCUAGAAUUGCUAGACUACCCAACCUUCAAGAACUACUUCUAGAAGACACAAUCAUUGAGGAGGGGAAAGAAUGGAACAUGGAAGAUGUCACCUUCCAGAAUCUCAAAUCUCUAAAAUUGUUUAGUGUGGAAUUUUCUGAAUGGCAGGUUGAUGCAGAGAAAUCCUUUCCCGUGCUCGAAAAACUAUAUAUAGAUACAUGCGACAAGCUUAUGGAGAUCCCAGAGAGUUUUGGAGAUAUUGCGUCAUUAAAGUUUAUCAAGGUAUCGUUCAGCCAUCAUCUUAGAGAAUCGACUAUCAAUAUUAAGGAAUAUGUUGAAGAAAUGAACGGAGAAGACAAGCUUGAGGUAGACUUCUAUGAUUGAGAUCAGAUCAGAUCGAGAUAGGGCAUACAAAUUCUCAAGACAUGUAUGCCUUCUUCCAACAUUAAUAACUGUUUAUCAAGUAUAAACAGUGCUAGCUAUCAGCACUUGUGUUCUUUAUUAUAACGGAUGAGAUAUUGUUUGUGUGCUUGCUUUUCAUUACUAUGUAUUAGUUGUAAUCUACAAACCAUUAUUUAGCCCAUCUUGACUUAGGACAUGAUUGAGCAACGACCCAUUGAUUCAGUCCAUUCUGACCCAUCCA